AUGAAUAUUCUCGAGUGGGCAUUUGGCAAGCGCAUGACGCCGGCUGAGCGUCUGCGCAAGAAUCAGCGCAUGCUCGACAAGGCGAUCCGAGAGCUCGACCAAGUCCGGGUCAAGCUUGAGAAGCAGGAAAAGACUCUCACCACACAGAUCAAGCAGAGUGCCCAGAAGGGUCAGAUGGGGGCAGCAAAGAUCCAAGCAAAGGACUUGGUGCGAACGAGGCGAUACAUUGAGAAAUUCUACGGUAUGCGCAGUCAGUUGCAGAAGAUCUCGCUGCGCAUGCAGACACACCGAACGAACGAGCAAAUGAUGCAAUCUAUGAAGGGCGCGACAAUGGCUUUGGGCAGCAUGAACCGCACCAUGAACUUACCUGCCCUUCAACGAAUCGCCAUGGAAUUCGAGCGCGAGAACGACAUAAUGGAGCAGAGGCAAGAGAUGAUGGACGAUGCCAUUGAUGACGCGAUGGAUACUGGACUUGAGGAGGAAGGUGACGAGGUUGUCGAGCAGGUUUUGGAGGAAAUAGGUGUGGAUUUGAAUCAGAAGUUUGGCGAAACACCUACUGGCCUACAGUCGCAGUCUGAUAAGUUGGCCGAGGGCCGGGUGGCUCAGGCUAUUGGAGGUGGUGGCGGUGGUGGAGGAGGCGGAGGCGAUCCGGGUGAUGAUGACCUCCAAGCACGGCUCGACAGCCUGGGAAAGUGA